GUGGGAUCUUCCCAGACCAGGGCUCAAACCCGUGUCCCCUGCAUUGGCAGGCGGAUUCUUAACCACUGAGCCACCAAGGAAGCCCACGCCUUAUUUUUAGACUGUGUCUGUGAUAUUGGAGAGGAGCUGGAUCUAGAAGUCAACCUGUCUGUGCCCUCACUUCUGUCCUUCUUGGAGUGAUUGAGUGACUUGGAGUGAUUGGCUGACUGAGCCAUUGAGCUCUGAACUAGGCCCCUAGUCUCUCCAGUGGAUGUGCCACUGGGCAGAUGUGAAUGGUGUGCCUGCCUGUGCUGGUUCCUUUUCGGGCACUGGGGUCAGCGGUUCUCAAGGAGGACAGACCUGUCAGCUGGCAGACUGAGGCCUGACUGCUGGGCCCUCUGUCCCACAGCAUAGCGUCAGUGUCCUGAGAUAGGACAGCAUCCUGAUGUGCUGUACCCAUCAGGAUGGAAGGCGCCCAUGGACACAACUGUCCUUGUGACCGAGCUUUCAGGCACGGCCGCAUCUACCAACCACAGCUGGUGGAGGAGGGGGCCCUGCCCUUUCCUUCCCCUCUUGGAAGCUUGAAUUUUACUGUCCAUGAUGCCAUCAUCGCUUAGAACAUUUGAAAUUUCCUGCAGAGGACUUUCUUUUGGAGUCCUCAGGGACCAAAGAACUUUUCCAUUAUGGGCGGGUUUGACUUUUGGAAACAGUCCAAGGUCACUGGGGCAUGAGCUGAGUGAUCAAGACCAGGUAUGACUCAUCUAAGUCAUGAGGUUUCCUCAAGUGGCAUUGGAGUCCCUUCCAAAGAAGGAGUUUCGGAAGGGCUCUGGGCAGUGGUGGGAGUGUCCCAGUUAGCAGGACAGUCAGUGGCACUUGGAGGCAGCAGUGCCCUGGUGGGAGUUGUGGUCGCUGGGCUGAGUCUGUGGGUGGCUUCCCAGCCUGUCCACACUCAGAGCCCUUGCUCCGACUCAGGCUUGUUCAGGCUUUGAGCCCCCUUGUCCACAAGGAGGGCACCUCCGGAUGGGAGUUUUUAUACCAGCCCUGUCUCUGGAAGGAAGGAAACUUGACGUCUGGACUCUCCAGCUCUGGGCUCCAUCCAGAGCUGCUGCCAGGAACUUGGGCAGCCUUUGCUGCCUAGUGUGGUUCAGGGACAGCUGGGGCUCACGCCAGCCUCAGGGCUGUGCUGCCCACGCCCGACUCUCUGUGACUGAAGAAAGGGCCUUAUGUGCUCAUCAGCUUUGUGGGCUUCCUUUGGGCUGGUUUCCCGUCUCCUUUUUCUGAAGAUCUUUGUGUUCAUUAUUGACUUGUCAAAGGUAGAAUUGAUGCAAUGGUAAUAGUGAUUUUUAUUUUCAAGAAAGAAGUAUAAGAUGACGGGAGCUGAGUUUGUAAGCUGUAGACUGUGGGCUUAAGGUGUUUCACUGUUGGUUAGCAGUCACAGGAUUAGAAGCCACUGGAGGAGAAACAGUGAUUUAUUGAUUUAUUCAUUUAACAAAUAGACUUUGCCAGACACCAUCCCGGGCCCUGGGGUUAGGGCUGAGCAGGGGCCCCACCUGCCCUGAGAGUGAGCUGGCCCUUGUGGGGGCACAGUGGACACCCGAACAUUACAGGCUCUGGCUGUAGCAUCCUAGGGACGUCACCUGCAUAACACAGGGAGGCAGGGUGGAUGGGGCUGAUCUUUAAUAGGCAGGUCAGGAAGGGCACCCUGAGAAGAGGACUUGUGAGCCCGCCUUCAGUUGGCGUCAGAGUUCAAGUUCAAGGGGGCUGAGAUAGCAGCGGUGUAGGCCUCCCAGGCCCUCGUGAGGAUGGCCUUUGCUCCAAGUGAGGUGAGAAACUCUUGGGGGCUUGUGAGCCAAGUUGAGCUUUUAAAAGAUCCUCUGUUGUUGGGUUGAGGACAGCCUGUGGGACUGGGGAGGCAGGGAGACAGGAGGAGGCUGCCGCAGCCCCAGGUGAGGGGGCGGGGCUUGAGCCACUGGCAGGUUCUGGAUACACCUAGACGGCAGAGCCAGUGCACACGCUGAUAGAUGAGAUGGGGUGAGAGGCAGGCGCCGAGGACACAUCUGGUUUGGGGCUGAGUGCCUGGCGGGAUGACUUGCCCUGUUUGGAGAUGGGGGAACCACACAGGGAGGAUGGGGAGGGCGCUUGGUCGGGCUGCAUAGGAAGUGGUUUCUGCGCUCCCAGGUGGACAAACUGGGAGGUCAGGAUGGAGCAGGUGGGCCACAGGGUACAGAGCUAGGAACCUGGGGCACCCCCAAAGGGUGACUGUAGGCAGAGGAGCCAUCCAGGCUGAGCCGGGGACAUCGGCACAGGGCAGGGGCAUGGGUGGGGGACUAGCAGGAGAGGGGCCCCCAGGAGCAAGAGAAGAGGGUGGUCGGGAGGCGGGCCUGAGCCGCGUGCCUCUGGGGUGAAGUGGGGAUGGGGAGUGGACUUGGACGCAGCAGUGCGUGCAGGGGUGGUGGCUUUCUUGUUUUCUCACCAAGGACACUAAAUGCUUGCCCGCUGGUCUGGGCCAGGCUCUGCCUGUGCGAGGGCUUCCUGCCCCCUGGCAGCCACAGACUGCAGAACUUGGAGCAGAAACCAAGUGCUUCAGUAUUUUGUAGCGUUAGGAGUGAACCUCAAUGAUUUUCAUAUUCUGAUCCCAACAAGGGUUGCUCGUGUGACCCCUUAUACUUCGUCUUGCUUCUCAAGGGAUAAAAAAAAUAUGUUUUCAGUUGUACUUCUGCAUGGUGUCUCUGAGGCCCCCCACCUUCCGAGGAGGGGAGGGAGGCUGCUGUGGAGUUUAUUGCAGGGCGGAGGCAGACGAGCCCAUUCUUGCCGGCGCGCUCAGGCUGGGUUCAGCCUUCCCCGACUCUUUCCUUCAGGAGGCUGAGUCUGUCCAAGCCUCUUCAAAAGCAGGGGCCUCAUUACUUGGUCAGAAACCUGGAAUCCUGCUAGUGUGCUGGGCUCUCCAUGCGCUGUGCUUUCCAGGAUGUGCAUUUCAGUUUGACUCUGUCCCUCAGUGUGUGAUUUCUGCAUCUGUAUCCAGACCUCCCGUCCAUAGGGCACAUCAGCCACGAGCAUCUGCUCUCCUGUCACCACUGUAAACAAGACGAUAAAGGACUAAGGACAGUGAGAACCCACAGCAGUGACGGGAGCAGGAGAAGGGCCUCAGCACACGGAUGAGUGAGCCUGCGCCUUCCCGGGGAGGGCGGGGGCAGCACCUGGGAGCGGGCCUGUGGGAAGCGCAGCCAGUGGGCCUACAGACUCAGAGAGGUUAGGCCUUGGGACACCAGGGGCCAUGCACGUGCAGGUGGAUGUCUGUAUUUGGGGCCGCGAACCACCCCCCUCAUGUGCAGAUGGAGUGCCCAGCAGCCAGGAGCUCCUUCCCCAGACAGAAGCUCAGCACAGUUUUCUUUACAGAAAUUGAACUACCCAUGGGGAGAAGGAAGGCGGCUGUGUGGGCCCUGUCUGCAACGCAGACCUGACAUUAGGGAAGCAGCGACCUCAGUCGGCUCUGCGAAGAUUCAACUUAAUUGAGCUGUAAUUUCCUACAGUCCAUGCACCCAUGUUAAGCGUGCAGUUCAACAAGGUUUAACACAGGUACUUGAGUAACAACCAAGGCAGAACUUUACUGCCACCCAAAGUUCCACGUGCUUCUUUGCAGUCAGGGAGCAGCACCCCUGGCACCGGCCCCACUGGCCUGCUUCCUGCCCCUUGCGGCGAGAUCUGUCUUUCGGAGAGUCCUGUGAGAAUGGAGCCGCGCACUGUGCCCUUCUUUGUCUGGCUUCUCUCUCACCGUGACGUGUCUGAGGCUCGUAGUUGUCAUAUAGUUGGCAGCUUGUUCCUUCUCGGUGCCAGUGCUGUGUUGUGCGGAGGUGCUAGUCUCUUUCCGUUCUCUGUCAACGCACAUUUUGGACACUUGGGUCGUUUCCAGUUUGGGGCCAUUUCGAAUGAGGCUGCUGUGAGCAUCCUUGGCCGUCUUUGAAUGGACACAGGCUACAUGACCAGGAGUGCAAUUUCUGCGAUGUGUCCUACGGCUGAGCUGCUCCAGGAGUUUGAAUCUGAAAUGCAAAAGCGGGAGCACGCGUUCCGCCUGCAGGCUGACAGCAUGAGCAAUGUGGUCCUAGCACACGAGCUCAAGAUUAAACUGCUGAACAAAGAGCUUGUGGCCCUGAGAGAGGCCGGGGUGAAGGCUGCGGAGUCCCUGCAGAGCGCCGAGGCGGUGAAUGCAGAGCUGGAGGAUAGGCUGCAGCACAGAGACUGGGAACUCAGGGACCUGGCUGCCGUGAAGGACGCCCGGAUAAAAGACUUAGAGGGUAAACUUCACUCUGUGCAGCUCACCAAGAAAAAAGAAGAGGAGACGUUUAGGAGGAAGCAUGAGGAGCUGGACCGUCUGGCCAGGGAGAGGGACACGGUGCUGAUGGCAGCGAAGAGCGCCCAUGCGGAGCAGCUGCAGGCGGUAGAGGCCAGGGCCCUGGAGCUGCAGGUGAACUGCGAGAACCUCGAGGUGCAGCUCCGCAGGGCUGAGUGGAGGCAGGCGGACACCACCAAGGAGAAGGACGCCGCCAUUGACAAACUUCGGGAAGAUGCAUCAGCUCUAAAAUCUGGCUGGGAUGCCCAGAUUGCUCAACUUUCCAAGGAGAUGAUCUCCAAAGACCUCCAGGUUCAGGCGCUGCAGGAGGAAGAGGUGAAGCUGAAGGCACAGCUGGCCAGAUGCCAGCAGGACAUUGGAAGGUACAAACAGCAGCUGUCUCUGGCAGUAGAGAGGGAGCAGAGCCUGGAGCGUGACAAGGUGCAGUUGGAGCUGGACUGGCAGCGCCGCUGCGAGGGUGUCGAGCGGGAGCAGUACCGGCGGGCUGAGGACUUGAUUCAGGGCCUAACCGCGGCCAGAGACCAGGUUGCUGCCAAGUUGCAGGAGACAGAGCGGGUGCUGUGCGGCCAGGAGGUGGUGCUGAAGGCCGUGACCCGAGAGAGAGACCAGGCUGUGCAGGCGCUGCGGACACGCGGACUCCACCCUGAGGAGGAGGCCCAGAUGCUUGUAAGGCAUCAAGAAGAAGAAAUAAGUAAAAGUUUUCCAUCUACUGUGAUCCAGCAGCUACAAGAGCAGAACACAAGCUUGCGAAACGUUAUUGCACAGAUGAGGAAAGAAAUGGAAACUCUAAGUGAUCAGAUUCUUCCUUCUGCCCAGUUAGGAGGGGAGACCUCACAAACAAACCAGCCUGACCCAAAGGCAGCCGCUGAUUCAACUGUACCUGAUUAUGUUCUGGCCCUUGAAGCAGAAAUGCGAACUCUAAAGCAUAAAUUAAAAACAUUGGAGGAACAACUAGAAGAUGUGUUAGAUGCUUCGAAGACGACCUCGUCCUGUGCUGGCGUUCAACCCAGUGUCCUGGCCUCCACAGACACCACCGGAGGAGCUGUGCCGGUCGAUGGUCCAUCCACGGGACUGGCGCUCCAGAGGGUUGGAGACAGGGCACAUCUCCUGAGCUCCCUGGUGGCACAACUCAGACAGAAGAUCUGUUCCAGACCCCUUCCCAGAGCUGGCUGCCUUCCUAACAUUGUCUCUGAAACGGCCUCCCAGGUGCUGCAGGAACCCCUGGACAUGGACACCAUCCAGCGAGAGCUUCCCCACGAGCUGGACCAGGUGCACCUGGAGGUUUUGCAGCUGCGGAAGCAGGUGGCUGAGAUUGAGAAGCAUCUCAGGUCAGCCCAGAAGGAAGGCGGGGGUGCUUCAGGCAGGCAGCAACCGCACGCCUCAGACACCGAGGCUGUCGGGGGAGAGGACUCAUCUGAGUCCUGUGCCUCUGCUGUGUGGAUUUGUUCACAGGGCCCGGCACGUGGAGGACCCGCAGGGACCGAGGACCAGGAGGCACAGCCCCCUCAGGCCCUGUCUGUGCCCCGACUCCAGAGGAAGCUCAAGGAGGCAGCCAGGAAAAUCCUGCAGCUGCACCUGGAGAAGGAGCAGCUCCUGGAGCUGGGGAACCGGCUGCGUGCAGAGCUGGGCCACCUCACUGGGAAGCUGCCUCAUCACCCCCUUCCUACCCCUGAGGCCCAGGGUUCAGGUGAGGCACCUGAUGCACGCUUGGGACCGUUGCAACCCCGUCUCACAACUCAGGACUCUAAGAAUGCCAAGAAAGAAUGUUUCUCUGAACGCUCAGGAGAGAGCCAAGCCCGCUCGGCACAGACAGUCUGCAGAAGGGAUGCUGAGCCAGGCUGCACAGCGGGGCCAGGGCUGAGGCAACACAGAAUCUCCACAGUGACUUGCAGAUCAGCUCCUCAGAAAGAAAACCAGUCCCCAAAGCCACGCCUGGCUCAAGAAUUCCAGGAGGAAAAUGGCCACCACACCCAAAGGUCCUCAUCACUUGCCAGCAGUUCCCUCCAGGACACAUGGAAGUUACUGGACCUGGGAUCCAGCCCUUCUGGCCUCACCUCCCAGGACGACUCGCCUCCAGAGCACCCAGCACCUCCAGCAGCCUACAGCCUCCAACACCCCGAGGGGAGCUCCCUGGCGCCUUGGGCGGCCUUUGCCGUCGAAGGGAUGAAGAUGGAAGCCCAAGCAAGGGGCAAGCCUGCCAGACACCCCAGGGCUCAUCCUGCAAAACCUAAAGGCUGCCAGCGGCCCCCCAAGAUUCGUAACUACAACUCCAAGGACUGACCUCCUCGAACCGCCCCUCCCCACCCCUCCUCCUCCCUCCCCCGCCCCUCCCCCUUCUUCUCAUCCCUUCCUCCCUCCC